CCUUGACCGAUCUAUUUUUUUAGUCCGUCGGGAAAUAAUGGGAAGCGAACGGAGCCCCAAGGAGAAGAAGAGAAGCAGAGCUCGGAGCGAAGAUUCUUCAUCUUCCGAUUACGAAGGGAAAGUAAAGAGGCAUCGAGGAACAGAUAAAGAUGAUGAAAGGAAAAGUAGGAGAAGUGAGAAGAAGGAUAAGAAAUCUCACAAGCACCACAAAUCCAGUUCAUCAAAGAAGUCAAAGGAUGAUAAGCCAAAAAAGAAACACGCUGAAGGCGACCACAAGCUAAAAGAGGGGAUUCCAGAGCUAUCAAUGGAGGACUACUUCUCGAAGAACAACGAAUUUGCUACAUGGCUGAAAGAAGAAAAGCGUACUUACUUUAAUGAUCUCACGACCGAAGCUGCACGAGAAUUGUUCUCACGUUUUGUCAAGAUAUGGAACAGAGGGAAACUCGAAUCUCGAUACUACGAGGGAAUCUCCACUGCCCCACGAACAGCUCACAACUGGAUGAUCAAGCAUAGGUGAAAAAAGCAGUACCGUCCUCUACUGUGGUUCAUCGGUCACCUGUCUUCUUGCUUCUUGUACACUUGCAGGUUGAUGGUAUCAGAGAUAUAUCUCUAUCUAGUUAUUCUACUUAGACCUCUUGUUACAGAACUAGUUAGAUAGAUUGUCAGUGGAGAGAUAUAUAGUCGGUUUUUCAGAGUAAGAAAAACUUUACAUAUUCAAGGUUGCUGAAGAACUAUCUCUGAUGAAUCGUUAUGUAACAUUCCCUCAUCCAGUUAUCGCAUUCCACUGGAUUUUGAUUUAAAUCCGGUCUUUGACAGUAUGUAUCUUCCUACUGCAUUUACAACAUGGUGUAUAGCUUUGGCUAA